GACGCUUUUAAUGAAAAAAAUGUUAUAACAAUAAUUGAAAAAACGAAAAAAGCUUUAAUUUGGGAAAAGUGUAACAAUAAUUUUUUUAUUUUUUUGUCUAUAAAUCAUGCCUCGUAAGUACAUACGAACAAAUACAGCUCGACCAAGGACCACCUGGUCGGAUGAGCAACUAAUGGAGGUUGUAGCAAAAGUACAGACAGGAGAAAUAUCUAAAAGGGUGGCACACAGGCGCUAUAAUGUACCCCCUCGAAUCACAAAAAGGAGAAUAACAUGUGGCAAUUUCAAGAAGGGUGCCCUUGGCCCAGAAGGAAUUUUGGGCAGGGUCAAUGAAACAAGACUAGUUGCGCACACUCAUCGUUUGUCAGUCGUUGGCUCUGCUCCAGACAGAAGCACAGUUAGAACACUUGCGUUUAGAUUUGCUGAAAAGCUAGGGAUAAAACACCCAUUUUCAGCUGCAACAGAAAAGGCACUAUUUGCAUGGCUUCAUUCAUUCUUGGACAGAAAUCCUGAAUUGUCCGUAAGGCAAGCUGAGGGCCUAUCGUUGUCAAGGGCCCAGGGAAUGAAUCGAGAGGACGCUAGAAGGUUCUUUGAGUUGCUGGAUGAAGCUUUAACAAAAAAUGGUCUAAUGGAAAAGCCUUCUUGUAUAUUUAGCAUGGAUGAAACAGGCGUACAACUCCUAAAUAAACCUAGUAAAGUUGUAACAAGAAAGGUAGCAAAGAUGUACAUGUAUUAA